UAAGGUGUUCUGUUUAGUUGCUAGAGUCUUGCAGGGGUUUUCUGUGUUGCUAGAGAGUUCUGUAUGUUUGCUAGGUUGUUGCUAAGGUGUGUUGAGUGGUUGCUAGGGUGUUCUGUGUGGUUGCUAGAGACUUGCUGGGGUUUUCUGUGUUGCUAGAGUGUUCUGUGUUGUUGCUAGGGUGUUGCUAAGGUGUUCUGUGUGGUUGCUAUAGUCUUGCUGGGGUUUUCUGUGCUGCUAGAAUGUUUUGUGUGGUUGCUAGGGUGUUGCUUAGGUGUGUUGAGUGGUUGCUAGGGUGUUCUGUGUGGUUGCUAGAGACUUGCUGGGGUUUUCUGUGUUGAUAGAGUGUUCUGUGUUGUUGCUAGGGUGUUGCUAAGGUGUUCUGUGAGGUCGCUAGAGUCUUGCUGGGGUUUUCUGUGCUGCUAGAAUGUUUUGUGUGGUUGCUAGGGUGUUGCUUAGGUGUGUUGUGAGGUCGCUAGAGUCUUGCUGCGGUUUUCUGUGUUGCUACAGUGUUCUGUGUUGUUGCUAGGGUGUUGCUAAGGUGUUCUGUGUGGUUGCUAGAGUCUUGCUGGCGUUUUCUGUGCUGCUAGAAUGUUUUGUGUGGUUGCUAGGGUGUUGCUUAGGUGUGUUGUGUGGUCGCUCGAGUGUUGCUGAGGUUUUCUGUGUUGCUAGAGAGUUCUGUGUGGUUUCUAGGGUGUUGCUAAGGUGUGUUGUUGAGUGGUUGCUAAGGUAUUGCUAACGUGUGUUCUGUGGUCGCUAAAGUGUUGCUGGGGUUGCUGUGUUGCUAGAGUGUUCUGUGUUGUGAAACAAAAAUCGGGAGCUUAUGUUCUGUGUUGUUGCUAAGGUGUUCUAUGUGGUCGCUAGAGUGUUGCUAGUGUGUUCUGUGCUGCUGGGGUGUUCUGUGUGGCUAAGGUGUUGAUAAGGUGUUCUGCAUGGUUGCUAGGGUGUUCUGUUUGGUUAUGCUGUCGCUAGAUGCUAAGGUGCUCUGUGUGGUCGCUAGAGUGUUGCCGGGGUGUUCUAUGAGCCUAGGUUGUUGCUAGGGUGUUCUAUGUGGUUGCUGAGGUGUUCUGUGUGGCUGGGGUGUUGCUAGGGUGUUCUGUGUGGUCGCUAAGUUAUUGCUAAGGUGUUCUGUGUGGUCGCUAGCGUGUUGCUGGGGUGUUCUGUGUGGCUAGGCUGUUGCUAGUGGGUUCUCUUUAGCUAUGGUGUUGCUAAGGUGUUCUGUGUAGUUGCUAGGGUGUUGCUAAGGUGUUCUAUCUGAACAGGUGAAAAUGUUGCAUCUGAUCACUUAGUAAAGUAGCAACAAACUCUCCUCAGCAACACACAAGACGUACAUGUGCAGACGAGAUUUACAGACGCACACGAACGCCAGACAUCAUCACAUGCCUGACAGCUUCAAUACAUCACACACAACUAACAAGGGAGGAUCACUGUUGUCCGAGUCCACCCCUCUGAUGACCGUUCCAGGAAAAAGAAAAGGAUGGAAGUCCCGCCAAGAGAGAAGUCAAUACAGAGAUGGAGCCAAGAAACACCUUCAGCAGAUUCUAGCCGUGGGACGGCACACAUAAUUUAAUACUCGGGAAGCUCAGAAAGUUUAAGAACAAUUAGAUGUAUGGAUUGGGAGGAACCUGAUCGCAGUUAAUCAGCCAGAUCUCAUCAAAGCACAGAGGGGAAGAUAAAAGAUAAGAGGAGAUCAGCUAUCAGUGUGUUAUCUUCAGUCCCGUUGUCCUUUCCUCCUUAAGUAGCUUUACACGUUACACACUGUGAACUUUACCCUUUAAAACCUGCGGCUGAACUUUUACUCCGUCUCUUCUGCUGCUGUCGUACUAACAAUCAGUGUGUGUUUUCAGGACAGUUAGAGUGGAAUGAAUGAUUGCUCAAAUCACGUGUGUUGUUGAGGAGUGUGUGACGCUGCAUUUCACCUGCUGGACCAGAAAACAGGAAAGCAGUGAAUCGAGACACAAGCUUCAGUGUAAACGCGAAGAUCUGCUCUUCAUCGGUGUUUGUGACAGACGCGACGCCAUGGGCCGCUGCUCAACACGUGUCGCGCUUCUGGCGCUCCUCAUUGGUCAGAUUCUCGCAGGGCCAGGCACGAGCAGCUCACACACCUGUCAGGAUCAGAAGGCUCUUCACGAGCGCAUGGACGGUGUCGAGGAGCGUCUGGAGUCCGGCGUUCAGAAGCUGCAGGCGGAGCUGGAUCUGCUGAUGGAGGAGCUGGAGGCCCGUGAGUGGAGCCCCCUGCUGGACGGGGCGCGUAUCGACCUGCUGGACGAGCCGCCCAACCCCCCCACAUAGCAACAUUGUUUCGGCCCAGAUCCGGCCCACAUCUGGCACUUGUGGGAUGCGGAUCUGCAGCAUGGGUGGCCCACUCCUGUUUGCCAGAUCUGGGCCACAAGCAGCCCAUAGCAAUACGACAUGGUUCUACAGAAGUUUUUAUUGAGAAUUAACAGAGGUUUAACUCUGUGUUUCAUUUGAAGUCACCAUAACAUCAGAACCUCUGAAGGAGAAAAUCGUAAUUGGUUGCCAUUAUGGAGAUCAGUGUUUGCUUUAGUUGGGCUCUUGAGCCUUUAGUCGUUUAUUUUCGAACUUGUUCGGCUAUUGCACUUCUGUUAUAACAGCCAAAUGAACAAAGAGAAAAGUGCCCGCUGUUUAACAUUGUCAUUAUUUCACAAUCUUUUGACCUCAGUAGAGCCCAAUUUCUGAGUUAAAUUAACUUUAUUGUUUAUUGUUACAACACUGUCAUUUGACAACCCAAAAAAUAAAUCUGUCAUUUCACUGUCAUUGAAAACCAGAAUAUUCUAAACUUUUACAACGUAAUCGAAAUAAUUUCUUGAAACUUAAUUUUAAAAAGGCAUCAAGAAUCAGCCUGUGAAUCUCAAUAAUGGUGACAAUUAUAAAGCAUUUUGCAGUGCAAUAGAAUCACAAAGCCGUUGCUAACAAGUUAAACCUAAUCAUCUAAAUAAGUUGAAUUUUUCAGAUCACAGCAUGAUUAUGUCAAAACAUAACCAACACUAUCAGAUCACAGUUUUCUUUGUUCCUUUGACUGUU